CAGAUCUCAUCAUGUACGGAUACAAGGUUAUAUAGACACGGUUGUGAACAAUUAUAUAGCCACAGAUUUUAGAAGAAUGUUUCGUCUCACCCGUCCUUGCUUUGAAUCACUGCUUGAAGUUUUAUCUACUAGGCCUGAGAUGGAAGUACGUCCAGACAUGUUCGGGGGCCGCGAACGAGUGGGUCUUGAAAAAACCGUUCUAAUUGCACUUAGAUACUUUGCUCACCAGGGAAACAUUAGAUCCAUAUCAGAACUGUUUGAUGUUGCGGACUCAACAGUGGUUAUAUGCAGAAAUAGAGUAGUUGCAGCUUUGAUGGCGCUAAAAGAAACCUAUAUUAAAUGGCCAUUAGACCAUAGAAAGCAAAGACAUAUAUCAAAUAAAUUUCAAGAGAAAAGGGGAUUUCCUGGUGUUAUUGGUGCGAUCGAUGCUACGCACAUUCAAAUACAACCACCGAACGAACACCCACAAGCAUAUGUGAAUAGAAAAUCCUAUCACAGCAUCAUUCUUCAAGCUGUUUGCCUACCAGAUACCUCAUUUUCAAACUGUUUUAUUGGAUGGCCUGGAAGUGUGCAUGAUUCUCGAGUUUUAAAGAACUCAGAGUUAUGGGCGGAAGGUGAAAAUGUUUGUGGAGAAAAUCAUAUAGUUGGGGAUGGUGCUUAUCCUCUUAACCAAUGGUUGCUAACGCCUUAUCGAGACAAUGGCAAUCUUAACGCUGAGAAAAAACGUUAUAAUUACAUUCAUUCAUCCACAAGAACUGUAAUUGAACGUAGUUUUGGAAUUUUGAAAGGACGUUUUCGCAGAUUGCAUUUUAUUGAAACCAAGGAAAUGGAAACAUCCUGUGAUAUAGGUGUUUCAUGCUGUGUCCUUCACAACUUUUGUAUCCAACACGGGGACAUUGGCGAAGAAUUCAUAGAGGAAGAUUAUGGGAACUGUCAUGCAGCUGCAGUCCAGGCCGACAAUGACAAUACAGGUGCAACUAAGAGAGACGGAAUAGCCAGAAACUUACGUUAGUGAUAUGAGAACUUAAUCUUCAUCAUAAAACAUUUA